UUCCCAUUCUCGGAUUCGUCCCUCCCUCUCCCCCGCGCCUCGGCAAGCCGCUGAAAACAGCAGUCGAGCAGUAACCUUGCGAGUGGCGUCUGAAAGAGAUUCGACCGCACAGUGCUGGGCGAACACUGCGCGGGGCAGGGGUGCGAAUGUGUGGGAGUGCUCUUCUUAUUGCCGUUCCCUACACAGGCGGGUGCAACCAGGUACCAGACAAGAAGGGAAGAACUGUUAAAAUCGCAUAGGAUACCUCGGAGCAAAAACCGGUGUGUUAUCCGAGCACAACGACGGCGGGACAGACUUAGCCUACUGGAGUAUCUGUUCGCGUCAACAGUCCGGGGACGUCGGAAUUCGACCGGGGAAAAAUAGCUGUUUCUGAUAUCAGUCGUUUGAGGUGAUGGACUUGAGGUAGUGGAUCCCUUUUUCGUUUUUGUCUCUUCGCGUUGGGAGUUGCCGAUGGGCGAGUUGCCUGAGAAUGCUCGCUAGUCGCUUUAGGUUUCCGCCUCUCUUUUGUGUCUCCUCAGGUAACAGGUAGGAUGGUGGCAGGGGAGGCAAGCGGGCACAGCUACCUGGUGGCUUGCUGGCAGCCCAUCCUGAUACUGAUGCUGGGCACGGUGCUGUCGGGCUCAGCCACGGGCUGCCCGUCCCGCUGCGAGUGCAACGCCCAAGAGCGCUCGGUCGUGUGCCACCGCAAGAAGCUGAUGGCUGUCCCCGAGGGCAUCCCCAGCGAGACCCGCCUCCUGGAUCUCAGCAAGAACCGCAUCAAGACUAUCAACCCAGAUGAGUUCACCAACUACCCCCACCUGGAGGACCUGGAGCUGAAUGAGAACACCAUCUCAGCCAUUGAACCCGGGGCCUUCAACAACCUCUAUGGCUUGCGGACGUUGGGGCUGCGCAGCAACAAGCUGAAGCUCAUCCAGCUGGGUGUGUUCACAGGCCUCAGCAACCUGACCCAGCUGGACAUCAGCGAGAACAAGAUCGUCAUUCUGCUGGACUACAUGUUCCAGGACCUGUACAACCUGAGGGCCCUGGAGGUAGGGGACAACGACCUGGUGUUCAUCUCCCACAGGGCCUUCCAUGGGCUCAGCAGCCUGGAGCAGCUCACACUGGAGAAGUGCAACCUGACCUCCGUCCCCACCGAGGCCUUCACCCACCUCCACAGCCUGAUCUCCCUCAGGCUCCGCCACCUCAACAUAAACAUCAUCAGGGACUACUCCUUCAAGAGGCUAUACCGGCUCAAGGUGCUGGAGAUUGCUAACUGGCCCUACCUGGACACCAUGACCUCCAACUGCCUCUACGGCCUCAACCUCACCUCCUUGACCAUCACCAAUGGCAACCUGACCAGCAUCCCCUACAUAGCCCUCCGGCACCUCGUUUAUCUCCGUUUUCUCAAUCUUUCCUUCAACCCCAUCCAGACUAUCGAGGGGAACAAGCUUCAUGACCUGCUGAGGCUGCAGGAGUUCCACUUAGUGGGAGGCAGGCUGACCACCAUUGAGCCCUACUCCUUCCGUGGCCUCAACUACCUUAAGAUCCUCAAUGUGUCCGGCAACUCCCUCAGCACCCUUGAGGAGUCGGCCUUCCACUCGGUGGGUAACCUGGAGACCCUGGCCCUGUAUGACAACCCGUUGGCCUGUGACUGCCGCCUGCUGUGGGUCUUUCGUCGCCGUUGGAGGCUGAACUUCAACCGGCAGCAGCCUACAUGCGCCUCCCCAGAGUUUGUGCAGGGCAAAGAGUUCAAGGACUUCCCGGAUGUUCUCCAGCCCAACUACUUCACCUGCCGCAAGUCCAGGAUUCGGGACCGCAAGGCCCAGCAAAAGUUUGUGGAUGAGGGCACCACCGUCCAUUUUGUGUGCCAGGCAGACGGCGACCCAGCCCCCGUGAUCAUGUGGCUGUCCCCCCGGAAGCAGUUCAUCACCACCAAAACCAUUGGCCGCCUGACGGUGUUCCCAGACGGCACCCUGGAGGUGAGAUACGCACAGAUCCAGGAUAACGGCACAUACGCCUGCAUCGCCAGCAAUGCGGGGGGCAACGACACGGCACUGGCUCACCUGCAUGUGCACAGCUACUCCCCCGACUGGCCCCACCAGCCCAAUAAGACCUUUGCCUUCAUCUCCAACCAACCCAACGACAACGUUGCCAAUGGGACGCGUGCCACGGUCCCCUUCCCUUUUGACAUAAAGACCCUGAUCAUCGCCACCACUAUGGGAUUCAUAUCAUUCCUGGGGGUUGUGCUAUUCUGCCUUGUACUCCUGUUUCUGUGGAGCAGAGGGAAGGGUAACACCAAGCACAAUAUCGAGAUUGAGUAUGUUCCCCGUAAGUCAGACGCUGGCAUGAGCAGCAGUGGGGCAGACGCCCCCCGGAAGUUCAACAUGAAAAUGAUCUGAGGGGCCGCCACCGCCCAGAAACAAGGGGACCCAUACAAAAACAAAAUAAUUUUCUGAAAAAAAAAUAAAUAAAUGAAUAAGUGAAGUCCUCCCUUACAAAAGAAAAACAAAAACCC